UGUUUGAGACAGAGCACGUAACUCUCAGCCCACUCGGUGAGGCAGGGUUCAGACUGAGCGGGUGACAACUCAAGGGCACCCUCGUGUUGGGCUUCACCUGAGCCAACCACAUUUUCACUGGCCACUCUCUGUGUUCUGGCCCCCCUCAUCCAAAAAGAGAAAGAAGAGCCUUGAAGAUCCGCUACAGCUUCAUCAGGUAGAAGAAAUGUCAACGAUUAGGAGUUUUGAAGGAUUCCAGCCUGUGUCUCUGAAGCAAGAGGGAGAUUACCAACCCUCUGAGACUGACCAGCUGUCCACGGAGGAGGGGGACCCAGGCACGGACCCAGAGCCAAGGCAGAUUUCAAGGCAGCCAAGUGUGACCGAAUCAACACUGUACCCCAAUCCUUAUCACCGACCUUUUGUCUCACGGAAGUACUUUGCUACACGGCCGGGGGCCAUUGAGACUGCCAUAGAAGACUUGAAAGGCCACAUAGCCAAGACUUCUGGAGAGACAAUUCAAGGCUUCUGGCUCUUGACAGAGAUAGACCACUGGAACAAUGAGAAGGAGAGGAUUUUGCUGGUCACAGACAAGUCUCUCUUAAUUUGUAAAUAUGACUUUAUCAUGCUCAGCUGUGUGCAGUUGCAAUGGAUUCCCCUGAGCUCUGUCUACCGAAUCUGCCUGGGCAAGUUUGUCUUUCCUGGGAUGUCACUGGACAAGAGACAAGGAGAAGGCCUUAGGAUCUACUGGGGGAGUCUGGAAGAGCAGUCCCUCUUUUCCCGCUGGAACCCGUGGUCCACUGAGGUGCCUUAUGCGACCUUCACUGAGCAUCCCAUGAAAUACACCAGUGAGAAAUUCCUCGAAAUUUGUAAGUUGUCUGGGUUCACGUCUAAGCUUGUUCCAGCUAUCCAGAAUGCCCACAAGAAUUCCACUGGAUCUGGAAGAGGAAAGGGACUGAUGGUGUUAACUGAACCCAUUUUGAUUGAAACCUACAUGGGGCUGAUGUCAUUCAUUGGAAACCGCAACAAACUUGGCUAUUCCCUUGCCCGUGGGAGUAUUGGUUUUUGAGACUCUUUUUGGUGUAUAAGUAUGUCAUCCAUCAAUAUAUCUUUAUUGAAGAUUCCAUUUCAGACCACCAUAUUUUUGGACUGAAACAAUUAAUUACUUUUAAAUACUGCUACAUGAUGUUGAAUACUUAGUGUCUUAGGAAAUCUAAAAGCUUGAUUAAACUGAUAGAUGCACACCUCAGACCUCAUAUAUGAAUAAUUAAAUUUCCUAAAACCAGAAAAUACAUUCUCUUAAGCUCCUCAAAUAAUGUUGUCAAUGAAUACCUGAUCAUAAACUGAGGGGAGACUCUCUGGGUUCUUAUUCUUCUGUCUUUUAAAUGUAGGCAUUUUCUGGAUCUUGAUCUUGAGCCCUUUGAUUCUGAUUUUUUCUUUUAUUGGGGUCUGACUGUAUUAUUUUAGCUACUCUUUUUAUGAGAAUGACUUCCAAAUCCAUAUUUCUAUCCCUGAUAUUUCUUCAAGAUUCAGUUUUGUAUCUCUUUCUGCUGUUCAUAUAUAUCCGUGUUCCAAUGGCCACUCACACUCAGCAUCUUCAAAAUCCUGGAGUUCUCUGUGGCAUUUUUAUGGUUCCAGUCAUCGUCCCUGAAAUCCAUCAGUUUUGAUAUAUCUAAAUUCCUUGCCAAAUAAUUUUAUAUGGUAUCUUUCUUAGUCUGUUUAGGCUGUUAUUACAAAAUACCACAGACUGGGUGGCUUAUAAACAACAGAAAUGUAUUUCUCACAGUUCUGGAGGCUGGAAUUCAGAGUUCAGAGUGCCAGCAUAGUCAGGUGAGGGCCCUCUUCCCGGGUUACAGACUUCUUGUCAUAUCCUCACAUGGUAAAGGGUCAAGAGGGUUCUCUUGUGUUUCUUUUAUAAGGGCAUUAAUCUUAUAUUCAUGAGGGCUCUGCUUUCAUGACCGAAUCACCUCCCA